GACGCAGAGCUCUCCGUUUAUUUUCCGAGCCUACACAGCGACCCAAAAACUGACCCAGACUAUGGAAUCUGAAAAUAUGGACUCUGAAAAUGCAGAAGCUGAAAACAUGGAAACCGAAAAUAUGGAAUCCGAAAAUAUGGAAAUUGAGACCAUUUCUUCGGUUUCGGCUCUGCAGGCUCUCUCUAAAUUACUUUAUCCUGAGGAGGAUGACUUUGAGUUCGGACAGUCAAACAGUUCAUCCGCGAUUGGAGCCAUGGGUCCUGGGAAUAUUGGACCACCAAAAAGAGAAGAGCUUAAAUUCAUCCCUCAAACAGGUGAUGAAAAUACCAAGGACAUCUGGAAUCCAGAGGAGGUUCCAGAGGGAGCAGAGCACCAUGAUACGUGGGAUGAUAGAGAAACACCAGAAUACGAAAUUGUAUUCAAACAGCAUGUGGGAACAGAAGAUAUGUUCCUGGGAUUGACCAGAAAGGAUCCUUCAACAGCAUGUUGUAAGGAUCUAGUGGUUAAAAUUAAACUGCCAAAUACAAACCCUUCUGAAAUUAAAAUUGACAUUCAGGAAAUGAUCCUUGACCUCCGUACUCCUAAUAAAAAGCUGUUGGUAACCCUUCCCCAUCCUGUGGAAUGCAGCAGUGCCAAAGCUUACUAUAUCCUUGAAACUGAGACUCUCGAAGUCACUGUAACUAUGAAACGAGAACUGGAUUUUGUUAAUUUCUUCUGAAACUGCAUGAAUAGGGAGGAAAAGUGGUAAAAUAGCACAAAAAAAAUAAACACUUUGAAAAAACUGGUUAAUAUUUUCUAUCUUCUCUUUAUUAUUCUGAAAUAGUACAGAUAGGGCCUUAAUUCAAUUUUUUUUGAUACUCUGAUCAUUUAUAGUCAUUUCCAUUACUCUAAUAGGAAAUACUGU